AUGCAAGUCAAUAGUAGGGAAAUUGAAGUAAAAAGAAAUUUCAAAAGUUUGUUUUAUUUAAAUCAAAAGAGUAGUGGUUUUUUUGAUGAAGUUAAUAAUAUAUUUUAUUUAGCAACUCAAACAAAUUAUACUUCCAUUCAAAUAUCAGUUUUUAAUUCUUUAAAUUUAAACUAUAUAAAUUCCUUUUUUAUUUAUAAUGAAAUGUUACCUUUUAUUGAUAAUUCACUAACAAUUGAUAAUAAUAAUCAAAUAAUAUUAAUCACUACCAAUAAUAUAAUCAAAAUUAAAAUUGAAAUAAAUUAUUUAAAUAAAGACCAAGCUAAAUUAAAAAUAAUUAAAAAGCAAUUAUUACCAUCAGAAUGUAUAAUACCAAGUUCCAGUGUUUUAAAUUUAGAUAGAAAUUUACUUUUAUUGGGAUGUGUAUCAACCUACGGAAUGCUGUAUGAAAUAAAUUUAAAUUCCCUAAAACAAACAAAUAAGCAUACUUUUUAUUAUGGUUCUAGUAUAGAUGCUCUAUUACUAGGCCCAAUUAAUUCAUUUACUUUUUUAGAAGGUACUUUAAAUUAUCCUUAUCAUUUAGUCUCCUUUACAUUCAAGGAUAUUACAAGUUCUUCAUCAAAUACAAAUGGCAACUCGAUAUAUCGUAACAGAGAAACAUAUUUUGGACAAGCCUAUACCGCUUCUUCAGAUUUAAUAAAAUAUGGUUUAUAUGCAUUUGGGCAUGAUAUUUUAUUAUUCGAUUUAACAGAAAUCAGCAAUACUCCCAAAGAUAUUGACUAUAUCAAUGAUUGUAUCAGUACAAGUAGCACCUACAGUCCAGAAUCAAAUAGUAUAAUUAUAUCAACAAAUAGUUCAUUAUUACAUAUAUAUCAUCUACCAUCAAAUUCAAAUAUUUUAAAAAGUAUAAAUUCAAAAUCCCUAUUUAUUUUUUUACCAAUUAUAAUAAUAAUUACCAUAGUAUGUUUAGUUUUUUUAACCAAAUAUAUCUACAGCCUAUAUUUUAAAAAAAAACCAAUUCAAAAUGAAAAUGAAAAAAAUGGUUAUAUAGAAUUUUAAAAAAAAAUAUUUCAAAAUUUAUCAUUAUCUAUUUUAUAAAAAAAAUUUAUAUUUGAUUACUUUAAUAUACGAAUUUAUAUAAUAACUAAUUAAUCAGUUAACCAAUUGGGAAAUUUUAUUUUAUUUUAUUUUAAAAUAAUAAAAUAAAAUAAAUAAAUAAAAAUUAUAAUAAAAACUUUUUUUC